AUGCGAAGGAGAUGGCUGAACUUAGAUAGCCCUGUGAUUGGGAAUAUCUUCAGCAUGGGCCUUCUCCGGGGGACAGAGGGGAGCGGAGGACAGCUGCUUGUCCUCGCAGUAGUGCUCGGGUGGUGUUUCGGGUCUGUGAGCUGCUUCGGACAGAACCUGGACAGCGAGUUCACGUUCCUGCUGCAAGCCGGAAGAUCCGAGUGUUUCUUUCAAACAGCAGUAAAGAAUGGUACGAUGGAGGUCGAAUAUCAGGUGAUAGCAGGAGCUGGCAUGGAUGUAGACUUCACUAUCAUCUCUCCAGAAGGAAUCCAGCUCGUCAUCGAGUCUCGUCGCUCUGACGGAGUCCACGUGGUGGAGUCUACGGUGGAGGGAGACUAUGAAAUCUGCUUUGACAACAGCUUCAGUCGCUUCUCAGAGAAGAUGGUGUUCUUCGAGAUCAUCAUCGAGGGCCAAGGAGGAGACGUGGGUGGAGAUGAAGAGUGGCCGGGAUUAGAGGAGCCUGAUGGAAACCUUCUGGAGUACAAGCUGGAGGACAUCCGGGAGUCCAUGGACUCUCUGCACAGACGAUUGGAGCGCAGCCGGCAGAUGCAGACGGUGUUGCGGGCUUUUGAGGCACGAGACCGAAACCUCCUGGAAGACAACCUGUGGAGGGUCUCAUUCUGGUCCUGUGCCAGCGUGCUGGUGAUGUUGUGCGUGGCCCUUACCCAGGUCUACACUGUCCGUAAACUGUUUGACGAUAAGCGAAGGGUCUGCACAUAGAGUGGGUACUCUGAAGUCAUAAAGUCCAGCCUACGAAGGAGAACAAUCCAGUAAAAGAUGUUCAGAUGGUUACCCAAUCUAUGCUCCAUUAUCUUUCAUUUGAACACCAGCAUUCCACAUCAGUUUAAGUGGAUCUUUGUUUUGUUUUUUACCUCUAAAAUCAUUUUUUAAAUCAGAGCAAUAAUUAAGUAUUGUAAGGUCAUGAAGGGUAACCAAAAGAGGAAGUUUGUUAUUUCAUUUCAUUCAGUGCCUUCAAUCUUAAAUCUCACCACAAACCAAUGAGGAAAUACAUUAUGAAAGGCAUUGUCUACAUAGACCGACACUGUUUCUGAAACUAGUGAGAGGUUUGAGGAAUUAUUUGUUGAAGGUCAAAUUAUCCUUAUUAACGGUUAAUGGUCGGUUAUAUUACGCAACUCGAAAACUGAUCCACAGAACUCCUUCUCGGCUGGUUUACAAGAGAUAACAAUGUGCAAUAGUGUUGUUGGCGUACAACUUAAACUUAAAGGGAUUUUUGAAGUGGAGUAUGAGGUUCUUAUCCAGUCAGUCAGAGUGCUACCAACAGUCGAUGGUGAUCAGCACACCCCCAGUUUGGAGAAGCAGACCAGAGUACUAGCACAGAAGCUAACAAAUGUACAGCUGUGGAUGGGGCAGCAGCGAAACAUGUUGGACAACUAAAACAAACAUGUAUGCUACAUUUAGAAUAUUUUCAUCAUCUUUUCCUGGCGUCAGACAAUGAGAAACAGAAGCUGUUCUAUCCAUCAGCGCUCUCUUCAAAGCCUCCAGACUCCUUUGGUAAAAACACUAUUUCUACCUCACAGGGCAUGGUAGUUGAUGUUCUUCCACUGCUUCUAUCUUUUAGUUUGUUUGUGUUAUUGUGCGACUUUGUUGAAAUCAAACCCUUUAAAACACCAAAGUUGCAUAAACAAUCUAACAGAUUGUGGCAGCAGUGGACCAGCAACUGCCGUUAUCUUUGAGAUAAAAUUACUGUUUUUGUUAAAGAAGUCUGGAGGCUUUGAAGAGUUCACAGAUGGCUGUAACAGCUUCAGUUCCCAGUAAGCUUAAACUGAUGGCAAAAAUCUGUGAAAAUAUUCUAAAUAUUGCAUGCAUUGACUGAUACAGAUUUUUUUUUAAGGUGGGUAAAUUACAUUUUACUGCUGACCCUGUCCACAGCAGUACAUUUGUUAGCUUCUGUGCCAGUUUUCCUGCCUGCAUCUUUAAACUGGAAGCUUGCCGACCGCCAUGCAUUGUAGGUGACACACUGACUCUGGAUAUGUACCACAUAUAACUCCACCUCAAAAAAAUCCAAACUAUCCCUUAAAGAUCUUUCUAUUAUAUUAGUUAUUGUCCAUCUGACCAGGUGUUUCCGUGGUGACAGCCACAGAUGUUACUGAUUUCUUUUCACAUGCCAGUUCAAGUCCAUGCUGAAAUGUCGACAAAAAAGAAUGUAAACAAGAAAGAGGGAUGAUUUGCAGUGUGAUUGCCAAUGACGUGUCAGUACUCUUCCAGACAAAUAUGUAUACGUGUGUCAGUUCAGAUUUGUAUCAGGAUUAUUCAGUGUCAGCAUACUGAUUAUUAAAUGUCUGUUUGUGUGUGUUUGUCUGUAAGAUUAUCAAAUUUUUUUUUGUUUUCAGAUGUAUGUUUUCAGCAACAGAAUGUGACAUUUUGAUUCUGCUCAGACAGCCACUUAGGGUUUUUUUAUCUUUCUUUUUUUUACAACAGGUUUUCAUUACAAAUUCAAUUGAAUACCUAAAAUUCAGGUUUACAUGGGAGUCAUUGAUAUUAAUAAAUGCAUUUUUUACACAGGAAA